AUGUUUUCUCAUCAAUCACUUAAUUCCAAAGAUAGUUUAGAUGAAUUUCUACCUAUGUUUCACAACAAAGAUAAUAAUAAAGCUAUCUUGUAUCAAUAAGAAUAGAACAUAAUCAAAUACUUAAAACAAAUAGGCCUUAUCAUGAAAACUGAUCCACUAAAAAAGUAACAAGAACACUUCUAGUAACAUUUCAAUAAUACUCUUUUAUUAGAAAAUCCAAAAUAUUUGAAGUCUUCGUAUCAAAAACUGAAAAUGAUGGUUCAGAUGAAGAAGAAAAGAUCUUAUCAACCAAUGAAGUAAGCCCUUCAGAAGUGAAUGAAAAUGAAUUUUGCAUUUUUAACAACCCACUAAUUUUAAAAGGAAGGAAGCUAGAGUUAGAAAGAAAGCAUUCGUUUGAGAACUUGGAUCUUUAGUGAAAGCCUUAUGACUCCUAUAUAAUUAAAUG